AUGGAGGAGGCAUAUAAGCAGUACGCGAAUCAGGCGCGUCGGAAGAACCGUUCCAGCACAAACCUGAACCACCUCUCCCUCGCACCAUUCACCUCGAGAAUGCCCAUGCAGGAUGACGACGCCCUGCCCGACCACCUCACAUCACCAGCUCACAACACCUCCUACCUCCAGGGCAAGUCCGCCCCCACGACGCCCGGCCUCCUGACGCGCUCGCCCGCCCGCUCAAACUCCCACGUCCGCCGUUCCUCCGUCCCGCACGCCGAGCUACCCAAGAGCAAGUCCGCAACCCACCUGGCCCCGGCCGCCAACGACCGCAAAGCCCAUUAUCGACAAUCCGUCUCGGGCACCACCUCGCCCACGGUACGCCGCCGCAAGGACGACACGUCCGCGCGGGAUCCGAACGACGGCGACUGGCUCCUGCGCACCGGCGCGCUCAUCAGCAACGAGAGCCGGGAGUUCAAGGGCCAGGCGUGGCUGGUGUCGAGAGCAAGCUCCACGAGCUUGACGGGCAUGCGAGAUGCCGAGGACGAGGCGUUCGAGAGGGAAUUGGCUCGCGAGAGGGAGCUGGCGAGUCGUCGGGGCAGCCGGCGAGGCAGUCUCGGUGAGAUGGACGGGGCGUACACUCUUUCCGCGCGGCCGAGUCGUCCUGGGAGUCGGUCAGCCAGCAGAGUGGGCACCAGAAGCCAGAUAAUGACGCCCUUGGAGCGGCACUCGGAUGAGGGUUAUUUUCCCCGUCACCACGACGGCGAAGACAUCAUCCCCGGGCCCGACUUCGUCAACCUUGACGAGAAGCUCGAGGCUUUCGAUUUUGAUACCACCCAAGACGAUGAGGCGGCCGUCAGGAGGCUCGUCGAGGGCGAGCGGGCCGGUGCCGCGUCUUGGGUCGGGAACAUCCUGGGGUGGCCGCUAUUCGCGGUCGAAGAAAACGAGGAAGAGUCGGAUGAUGAGGACGGGGACUUUGGACACGAGAUAUCCGAAUCGCAGGAGCUCCGUUCGUGGUCAGCACGGCAUUUUGAGGGCGUGUCCAGCACUCCGGAAGAACGGAUUCCGCCCCCCAAGGCCAACGAGGGUGGUUGGCAAGAUGCGGCAUGGUUGCUCAGCGUAGCGACGAAGGUUUUGCUGUGA